GGAGCCGAUGAAUUAAUUUAUAUACAAGCCCAUCGCCGCUAUGCGGGAGCUUGACCAAGCCUCUAAUAUAUGAUCAUUCAACAAUCUCUCACAGCGCAAAGCUACUCACCACUUGAUCGACCUACAAUAUGAAUAUCUCGUGAUAGUCACGUCAGACAGGAAAAUAUUUAACAAUCCAGGAAGCCAAGGACUGUCGUGAUCAGUUUGUUGUGGUUUGUGGUCCCCCCCGAGGACAGUGGAGCAAACGCAAUCAUGAUCGGAUCACACCGAGAUCAAUCGCAAUUCGACCGUGCAAGAUGGCGAAAGAGAGUGCUUUUGCCGUGUUGGAUUAUCCAGAUACCUAUUCUCUUGGCGCUUAUGGGCGUCUUUUCAUAUAGACUGUCGAAUACGGUCAAGACAUUCAAAGAAGAGAAGGCAAAAGGUGGACUUCCGAUGGUCGAGUUUGUGUGGGAAAUCGUCAAUAUCACGUUCUCGGCGGUUUCGUUCAUCAUCGAUCUCGUGCAAAUCGCCAAGUUCAUAGCUGAAGCACUUACCCCGUUCGGCAUGCUCUUUGGCAAUACCGUCAGCUUGACCUUAUCCAUGGCCAUAUUAGCGCUCGACGUGGUCGUAUAUGUACAACAUACGGAGAAGCAGUAUUCUCUGAUUGCCUUGUCUUUGGACUGCGCACUGCUUUUCUUUACCAUCGUGCCUAUAAUAUACGGUAUCCACGUCUACCGACGAAUAGCCAAGGACGACGAAUACGCCCAUCCGCACAACGUUAAGCACUACGGCUUCACCCAGCCCCAAGACGGGCCAUACGACCCCUCACGUAUGAGCCUGAGCCACGAUCCCGAGUCCCAUCUAUACGACCCCGCGAACCCGCCCGAGGGGAAGCCGCGGCGGCCGUCUCUCACCUUCAGACGCUCGCUCUCCGGGACCUCGAUCGACCACAGAACCCCCUCCGCGUCGCCGCACCCGCGCCCGGAGAUGGAACGGAGGCCGAGCUAUGACCACAAGCGCGACCCGUCCUUCGACGAAUACGUGGCCACGAUACCCAAAGAGGCACUGCAGGCCCCGAGGUCGAGGGGGAACUCGCUGACCCACCCCGCGAGCUGGGAGCUCAACAUGGGCGAUUCGCUGGACACGCCGGUCGGCGGUACGCAGCUGGGACACAGCCUGGUCGCCGUGCCCGAGGCCCGGGAAGAGGACGACGUCGGUGUCCCUAGGCGCAAGAGCCGUCCGGUGAGCGAAGACAGGCAGGGGCUUCUCAGCAGCAGCAACCCCAGGACCUCCGCCCAGAGCUUCGCGAGUUAUGCCUCCCGGAGUAGCAGGGUGGAGCCCGUCCAGGGGUUGCAGGAUGUUGAGCUGGAUACGAGGAAGAGAAGGCGAGAUUCAUGAUACCCUUAGCGAGCCGGAAGAUUGUUCAUUCAGGAAUUUCUUUUGAUGUUCAUAUCGAGCGUUUGUCUAUUUCGUUGGCUUUAAAGAAAAGAAUAGGAUUGGGACUUCUUUUUCAUGACAAAUCGUCGUGUGACGAAUAGCUCAAGGUCGCACACAGCAUGUUGUGCAACUUGGCAAGGAUCCCUGAUGAGACUAGUGACCGUCCUUGAGAGACGCCCACUUCAGUGGCGGUAUAGUCACUUAUCGCCCAGGAGGAUCAUGUCGCGACUGGCCC